AUGCAGACGGAUAAUGUGGAAUUGAAAAAACUCGUGUACUUGUACCUUAUGAAUUAUGCCAAGAGUCAACCCGAUCUUGCCAUAAUGGCAGUUAAUACUUUUGUCAAGGAUUGCGAAGAUACGAAUCCGUUAAUUCGAGCGCUUGCUGUUCGCACUAUGGGUUGCAUCCGUGUUGAGAAAAUUACGGAAUACCUGUGCGAACCUCUUCGUAAGUGCAUGAAGGAUGAAGAUCCAUACGUGCGUAAAACUGCAGCGGUAUGCGUCGCCAAACUUCAUGAUAUGAAUCCUAAACUCGUGGAAGAACAAGGUAUUUCAUGGUUUGGCUAG